AUGCCUGUUGUUGGUAUUGCCUAUUUACCGCAUGGAGCAAUGAUAUUAGAUCCAGAUCGGCAAGAUGUUCCAAAAGGCGCGGAAUCACUUCAUUCGACAUGUAUGCAAAUAAGUGAACAAAUUGCGUCUUUAAAUCCUGAUCUUCUUUUAUUGUCCACUCCUCAUGGUUUGAAUCUACAUCAGGCACUAAAUAUUUAUCAACCUGGAGUAUUUGGUUGUAAAGCAGCAGGUAAUGCUGAGUGGAAUAAUAAAUGGCAAGAAUAUUCUGUCGAAGUAGACUUAGAUGCAGAAAACAGUUUGGAUUUAUAUUUUCAUCUACGAAAAGAAAAACGGGUAAAACCAGAUCAGUUACCAAGUAUUGAAGGAAUGUUAGCCUUUGGCGGCUUAAGUAUAAGUUUGAGAUGGGGAGAGGUAAUUCCAUUAUAUUUUGCUCUUCAUCACUUAGCAGUAAAAGAAAAACAACAACCAAUAAAACCAUAUCUACAUCAUGUCUCAACAAAACAUGGGCCAAAAGUGGUGAUUAUAGCACAACCCAAGUUAGGAUUGACAACCGAUGAUCAGAAGUUUUAUCGACAACAACAAAAAACGUUAUUACUUCAAUUAGGUCAAUCUAUUCGCUCGUGGUGUGAUUCUUCUACUCGUCGUAUAGUUGUAAUAAUUAGUGGUGAUCAAUCACAUACUCAUCCUUGGUCAUCAGAUUCACAACUGUUACCAAUUAUUUAUCAACCUGACCCAUCGGCACACUCCAUUUCUCCAAUGGAAGGAAAUGAAUAUGCUCAAUCAUUUGAUCAAACUAUUAAUGACUGGAUUACGGGAAAUAAUUCGAGUGAAUUAUACAGUUUAGAUGCUAGUUUGUUAGUAGAACAAGCUGGAGAAAAAGAGCACCUUGCAAGAAGUUGUGGCUACACUGGUUCAUUGAUGAUGCAAGGUCUAAUGCGUAAUGAUACUAUCCAAUCUAUCCGAUCUAAUUUCAAAUCGUCAUCUGCUAAAUGGUUGUUAACUGAUUUUUGUUCUUGUCAUCCAACAUAUUACGGAAUGAUGGCUGCAUUUUACUUAAGAAAUAAUUCAUAA